AUGAAUAAUAUGAAUUAUAACCUGAAUUUAUUCUCCGUAAAUGAAUCUGAUUAUUACAUGAAUCAAGUAGAAGUUAAUCACCCAUGUACAUUCAAUAUUGACUCUUCAUCAACUUCUCAAUGUUCUAUCUUCCCAAAUUUAACAUCAACAUUAUCUGAAUCAAGAUCUACUUCAUGUUGGCCUUCUCCUCUUUCUAUUCCAAGUAGUCAGAAAUAUUCAACAUCAUCAGUUGGAUUUUAUCCUUUAUAUGUUAAUACUCCUAGUAUUUCAAUGAUAGAUGAUUUAGAUCAAAGUAAUGAAUCAUUUACAAACAGCUUAAAUCAUGGAUUAUCAUUUUCAAAAAAUAUAUUUCCUUCAUUACACAAUUCUACGGUACACUGUAAUAAUAAUGUUCAAGAAUCAAAUGAGUCUAGUAUGUCUUGUUUACCAGUAUCUAUGGCUAUUUGUAAUACCUUUACUAGAUGUUCAGAUAGUCGUAAUUUAAACAAUUCUACACCAUUUCCUUCACAAUAUAAUAGACUGUGCAAUCUUAAUACAAAUGAAUUGACAAAUUCAUAUAUAACUGGAACAGAUUUUCAUUUGAUUACUGAUCGUAAUCAACAAUGUCCUUCUGAGAAACAGAAUGUAUCCACUAUACAUUAUUCAGUAUCAUCUAACACCAGUCUAUCUCCAUUAUAUCAGUUGAAUAAUGUAUUCAAUCAAGUUAAUCCAGGUGAAUUUAAUUCAAUGUUCUAUUCACCUUAUUUACAAAAUUCUAGUUCACUUAGUUAUCCACCAACUGGACAUGAUAUAUCUACUACAAAUGAUUUGCAUAAUUCCAAUCUAUUUACUAAUCUAACUCAGUCAUUGAAUCAGUCUUUCAUCCAGCCUACUACUAAUGUAACCCUUGUGAGUAGUAGCAGUAGUAGUAGUUGCAAUACAACCGUACUCAGUACUACAGUUCAUAUAAGUAAUUUAUGUAACACUACUAAUAGUAGUAUCAAUAAUGUGAACAUCUCAUUCCCUAUGAUAUCUACUAAUACAUCUGUAAACUUGUCUGCUACUUGA